AUGUUGGCCAGCAUUUUGGUUUCAUUGUCCUACCAUCACCACCACUCCAAUCCCAUGAGGGAUCUACAAAACAACAGCUUCUACAGAAUGUGCUUCCAUUCUCAAAAAAGAAGUGAAAGUGUGGCAGUGCAGAAAAUUUUAUGCUUUACUUUCAAUUUUUGGAAUGAGAGAAGUGAGUCAAUUAAAGAGUGUGAGAUCUACGUGAAAAGCUCUAAUGAGAAGGUUCAUAGAGAACGUAUUGAAUUACAGUUCGAAGUGGAAAUUUUCCAUUUGACUCUGGGCUUCUGGAAAAGCUGUCUGGUGCGACUCAGAGAUCAGGAAUUGGAGCGUCACACUUUCAAGACCAGCUGCUUUGUUGAGCUGUCCAAAAAGCAAGUGAAGCUCACUGAAGAUUGCUCUCUUCAGCCUCCUUCUAUUCUACUAAACUCGAAGAUGAAUGCUACAGAUACCACUUUCGAAAUGGAUGAUUUAGACUUCUUUGGUUACAAUUACAGCUACAGUGAGGGUUAUGAUGAGUCCUGCUGUGAAGAGCGUAUCGUGUGUGAUCAGGAGUCUAGCAUGCGCUUUGAUUCUAUUUUUAUUCCGGUCGUUUACUCUGUGGCGCUGGUAGUGGGGCUGGUGGGAAAUGGGCUGCUUCUGGUCAUUCUGUGGAAGAAAAGGAGAAGAAUGAACGCUACCAACAUUUUUAUCCUCCAUCUGUGCUUAGCUGAUAUUCUGCUGCUGCUAACGCUGCCCUUCUGGGCUGUAGAGGUAGUGAGUGAGUGGAUCUUCGGCACAGUGCUCUGCAAGAUGACUGGAGCUCUGUUCAAGAUCAAUUUCUACUGUGGCAUUUUCAUGUUGUCCUGCAUCAGUCUUGACCGUUACCUCUCCAUCGUCCAUGCGGUGCAGAUGUAUUCUCGUAAAAAGCCAAUGGGGACUCACUGUUGCUGUCUGAUGGUCUGGCUCUUCUGCCUUCUGCUCUCCAUUCCUGACUGGAUAUUCCUUGAUAUAUACAAGGACUUCAGACAUCAGGAUAAAACACAGUGUGUUUCACAUUACCCGUCUGAUUCUUGGCGUCUGUCGUCUCGUCUGCUCUACCAUUUGUUGGGUUUCAUUCUUCCAGCACUAGUAAUGCUGUUCUGUUACUCUUCUAUUCUUCUGCGGCUGCAGCGUGGCUCUCAGUGCAAGCAGAAGAAGAGGGCCAUCCGUGUCAUCAUAGCUCUGGUAGUAGCCUUCUUCAUCCACUGGACGCCCUUCAACAUCACCCUUAUGGUUGACACCAUACAAACCAAUCAGAAUCUCAACUUCAGUAACCAAACAUCCUGUGAAAGUUUCACAGCUUUACAUGUAGCUCUCACAGUGACAUCCACAGUGGGCUACUUACACACCUGUGUCAUCCCGCUGCUUUUUUUAGGCCUGGUGUCACAGAAGAGCUUUCUGUGGUCAUAGUCCACCUCAGACGUCUGCUUUCUGAAACAUUGUGCGCCUUCAAACUAAUACAUGUACAAUCAAUGUCUGCUUUUUCUCCAAUCUUAAUAUUUGUAUCAGUGUUAUGAGCAGUUUGGUUUUAAGCAUACAAGCUUACAUAUCUCAUGACUUAGCUGUUUUAGAUUUCUUAUGCAUACUUGAUGCCUUACUGCUCACAUAUUUUCUAGGAUAUAAAACUAUUUUUCAAAAUGAAUCAUUUUCUGUUACUUUUUUAAAUUUAUUUUGACCAGCUGAAAUUCACGAAAUUAAUGAUAUUAUACAGUAAUAAAUUCAUAUGUAUAACAAACCUCCCUGUUUGGUUUAAGUUGUACUAGCAUAAAACCUGUUGCUGUAA